AUGGAGACCCCACUUGCUCCCAUAUCGCCAUCAAUCCCCAAUUCUACUUCCGCCCCCGCCGUCUCUUCAGCAAUUCCGGCGAUCCUAUCUCAACCGGUCGAUGGAUCCCCACGCGCCAUGCCUAAUGAUACCGGAGGGAAUGGUGAGCCACUGCCGCCAGUCCCCGGCGCUAAGCUUCGCCUCAUGUGCAGCUUUGGCGGCCACAUCAUGCCUCGUCCACACGACAAGGCGCUGACGUACUCCGGCGGCGAGACGCGCCUGGUGGUUGUUGAUCGACGCGCGUCACUGGCCUCUCUCCGAUCUCGCCUCUCCAGUAUGCUCCUCAACGGCCGGUCCUUCACACUCAAGUACCAGCUCCCUAGCGAAGAUCUCGAUUCCCUCGUCACCAUCACUACCGACGAAGAUCUGGAGAACAUGAUUGAGGAGUACGAUCGGGCGACGUCGUCAGCGACGGCGACUGCGACACAGCGGCUACGAUUGUUCCUUUUCGCAAAUAAACUCGAGACAGCCGCUACCAUGGGAUCUCUGCUCGAAGGCGCGAAAUCGGAUACAUGGUUCGUCGAUGCUCUGAAUCAGUCAGGUUUUCUUCCUCGUGGUUUGUCGGAUUCCGCCGCCGUGAGCAAUACCUUGGUGAAUCUCGACGAGGCUUGCGGCGGAGAGGCCGAGAUUCAAAACGCGGAAACCAAUGUUGGUGGCGAGAACAACAAGCGGGGGGAUUCGGUCGCUAACGGUGUGAUUUCGCAUCAGGAGAUGCAUAUGAGUUCAAUGCCUGAUUCGCCAAUGAUGGAUUCAUCGAUAGGAUCUUCCUCUUCUUCUCCUUCCACUGCCAAUUUGCCACAGAUCCGCGUUAGAGUCAGCGAAGAACAAAGGAUCGAGGAUCAGUUUGCUCAGAUGAGCUACACCAACGUAAACACUCAGAGGCAUUUUGAAGAUGGCACUGGCUUAAUGACAAAUCGGCCAGCGAUGAUUCCGUCUGGUAUGAUGACGGAACCUAUUGAUGGUGCUGCUACCGUUGCCUUAAGCAACGGCCAAGUUUCACCGGACGAUGAUCGAUACGAUUCAGGUGUAUCAACUGGCUACAGGAAGCCACCUCUACCGAUGCAGCCAGUGGCGAUCCCACCAAGAGGUGCCGGUGGGUAUGGUUUGACAUCUCCUGAUUCCGUUGCAAGUGAUACUAGCAUUUCUUCGGCUACUUCAUUUUCAAAGCCGGUGUACUACCAAGAGCAAGCUUCAGCUCUGCCAAGAACCCCAGUGACCCAGCCUGAAACCAACUCAGUCCAAACCUCACACGUCGUACCUCAGCCUGAAACCACUUCAGCUCAAACCACACCCCACGUCCUCCCUCCUCCAGGUACAUUCACAACAAUGGAUCACCAACAACACCAACCCCCGGUUCAACAACAACCUUUCAUACACCAAGGCGUUCAGUACGUCCCUCACCCAUCACAAUACAUCCCGGUUUACUCUCAUCAGCAGCAAAACUACCCGGUUUACAUGAUGCCCAUGCCCGUCCCGCAGUCUCAGCAAUACGUCCCAGCAGGCACUCCCCCUCUCUACCCGAACUCAAAACCCGCCGCAAACCCAAACCCAAACCCGAGACCUGAAGCCGCUCAGAACGUUUACCGCGCACAAAACCCUCAGGUUCUUCAGCAACAGCCUCAGCAUCAAUACAUAAGCUACGCUGGAGUUGCUCAACACGCCGCAAACGCAAACCCCAACUACAAUGGGCCCUACGAGUACACAAACCCGCCAAACGAGACGGUGUAUUACCACACGCAACGUCCUCCUGCCAACACUGCUAUUCCUUUAGCCUCUCCGUACCAAAGCAUGACACCAGCGGCAGCUGCAGCCGCUCUAGCCGAUAUGUCCAAGCAGAUGGCUCUCGAAAGUGGUAGCAAACAACAACAAAAUACGGCUGCGUCUCAACCGCUUUAA